ACACUAAUGACGACGUGUUGAGGCUCAGUACCAUCAUUACGUCGACGGUACUAGACUCCCUAGGCAAACUCGGGUCUCCCAGCUCAGGGUCCCUGAACACAACAGUGGUUCCCAAAAACCCUGCAGGUGAUUCGACCCACGUUAAGAGAGCCCAAAAGAACCAGGCAUCACCGCCUAUGCCGAGCAACCCAAGUGUUGCUGCACGGAAAAUAACUGGUGAUUUAGUCGCACAGUCUACCCCCAAGACUGUUCGUCCGGUCAAUAAAGAGCCCAAGAUUCAUAAACGCACACCGACCUCCAAACAACAAAUUAUUAAACCUGAAUCCAUCGUGAAACCUGGUAAAUUAACAACAGUUCGAGACGAUUCUCUCAUUAUCAUGAACCUCGUUGACAAUCCUGACCUUCCUCUCAGUCUGCAGGACAAAAACGACAGGAUGCUGUGGGGUGAAUUGAACAAGAAGCUCGAACUUCCUAGAAUAGAGCCUUUGACGGUCACCCGGCUCACUCGAGGAAAGGAUUCUAAGCAUCUAAAUCACCCGAGGCUUCUCCGAGUAACACUUAAGAAUGCUACCGACGUAGAGGACGUCUUGCUAGCAAGUCACUUACUGAAAUCAGAUGGUAACGUAAGAAUAUUGCCCGACAUACCGUACUCUGAGCGCAAUAUCAUACGAAACGUCCCUAAAGAAUCUCGCGAGAAGUUUUUCCGCGGAAGAAACAUAAUUGUCCAAGGUAUACCGGAAAAUGCAGACCCUACUCAAUCAAAUUCUGACAUCAGGGAAUGGAAAUUCAUCAAACAGUCCUUGAGGCUCAAACACAUACUGACUCAGCAUGUGACGAGACUAGCCAAGAAGGACGGUGAUCUUAGACCCCGUCUAAUGAAGAUAACCUUCCCAUCUUCCCACAUGGCGGCUGCAGUUCUGGAAGCAUUUCGUGCUAAUAGACGUCGAUUGCCACCUGGAAUCCACAUGCACCCGGAUAGGCCAUACGAAGUUAGGACCAAGAACAAAGGCAAGUUGGAGCUGACCAUUCCACUUGUGGACUGUCUAAACGAUAAAAAAAACGUGUAAAGGACAGGGCCUACCACCUCGGCAAACCUCAUAUAGGUGGGCUACCUGUCCAUUCACAUAAGGUUCAUACAGAAAAACAGGACGAAGCUCACGCGUUCCAAAUUGAAAGCAUAAACUGCUUAUAUAUGAACGCCGCGAGUCUACCAAACAAACUGGAUGAACUACGUGAACUUAGCAACGCUAAUAAGGCCCAUCUGAUAGGAAUAUCUGAAACCUGGAUAUCUUCUCAGUUCUCGGACCAAGAGUUAGCAUUACCUGGGAUGACUUUGUUCCGCAACGACAGAAAAAUAGGAAUUGGGGGCGGAGUAGCCAUAUACAUAAGCUCUUGCUUGGAGGUGCACCAGGUU